CACUAAAUCAACGGAGGGUAGCAGUAGUAGACCUGGUUAUAUAAAACUUGAUCUUUUCCCUAUCUCAGGUAUAGAGGCGAAUUGAAACUGGAGAGCCUCAGGAGGUUCAAAUUCCUUCCAGUCGAGUCGGUCCUUGUGAUGCCCGGAUUUCACACACCGAACGAACUUCCGGUCCUGGAGCGGAGAGUGAUUCAAUGCUUGGGAGCUGUACUAAUUAAUGUCCAAGCCCAUAAUCCCUAAUCCCCCUUCGUAUAUCGCAACGAGUAGCAGUGGUGAUGCCGACUUCGGGACAACCUACCUCUCCCGGCCCGAAAAGGCGCCAAGUAGAGUUCACGGUAAAAGAUGCCUUUGAGCUCUUCUUGCCAAUACUAUUGACUUGAAUGAGUGAUAACCCCCACUUGGUAUUAUUUGCGUGUGUUUGUUCUGGCCAGUCACCAGAGUCACAAGUUUGCAGCAAUCCUCACCGGGCUGACUCAGCACAACCCCUCCUUUCCGCGGCGCAGGUAUAUAAACCUCCCACUUCCCCAACAAAUCCGGCAUUCUCCUCCAUCUCUACCCAACACCUCUCAUCCCCAGUAUUGGUAUUAUUCGACAACCGAAUUCGUAACCUAAUCCACCCAAUUGAUCCGAAACUGAAUUGUACUUAUAGCAUUGACUUGACCAAGUUCAUCUGGUACAUCUCUCACACAAGAUAGAAGCCAUGAAUUUUCCUCAGCUGGGGAUAAUGUCCAACCAUGAUCAAGGUAUCUCAAUGGAGUAACUCAUUUGUGCAUGAACCGGUGUUCGUUCCCUCACCCCUCCCGCGAAUAGCCGCAUCCACCUCUUCUUCGACCCCAACCCACUAAAGGGCGAAAAGAGAGAUGUUGUUAUGCUACGGGAAGGCUCUGAGGCUUCGUUCUGAAAUCAUACGGUCAUAACUUGAUCUGGAUAAUACCAGCGAAAGGAUCAUGCCUUCUUUCUCCCCUUACCCCCAUAACCUCGAACUGUACUCCUAACAUGGUGCAUAUAGUAUCUCUUGAAAAAUGUCUCCUCCAUCUGCAACAUACGACGUGGUAGUUCCUCCAGCUGUUCUUGCUACCAAAACCAACAAGCCCACCACCACCAAUGGGAGCCUUACGAAUACCGGCACCAUUUUGGAUGAAUUUGCUGGAAAAUGGGAUGACUUUAGCUUCGGCCAUAUUCGCGAGAGCCAAGUCUCCCGCGCUAUGACGCGCCGCUACUUCAAGGAUCUGGACACCUAUGCUGAGAGUGACAUCGUGAUUGUCGGUGCUGGAUCCUGCGGUCUCAGCACUGCCUAUGUCCUGGGCAAGGCACGCCCGGAUUUGAAAAUUGCCGUCAUUGAGGCUUCCGUCUCCCCUGGCGGUGGUGCGUGGCUCGGUGGCCAACUGUUCUCCGCCAUGGUCCUCCGCAAGCCGGCUGACCGUUUCCUCGAUGACCUAGGGGUUCCGUACGAACAGGAACCCUCCAACCCCAACAUGGUCGUGAUUAAGCAUGCUGCUCUUUUCACUUCCACCUUACUCUCUAAGGUCCUCUCCUUCCCAAACAUCAAGCUCUUCAACGCCACUUGUGUUGAGGACUUGGUCACUCGCCCGUCCCCAAUUCCGGGCGACACACAGGGUGUUCGCAUUGCUGGUGUCGUGACCAACUGGACACUCGUGACUCUUCACCACGAUGACCACUCCUGCAUGGACCCCAACACCAUCAACGCACCUCUGGUCAUUAGUACUACCGGCCACGAUGGCCCUUUCGGUGCGUUCUGCGCCAAGCGCCUCGUGUCCAUGUCUGCAAUUGAGAAAUUGGGUGGCAUGCGCGGGCUGGACAUGAACUCGGCCGAGGAGGCGAUUGUGAAGAAUACUCGGGAGGUGACCAAGGGGUUGAUUAUUGGAGGUAUGGAGUUGAGUGAGGUUGACGGGUGGCACCGUAUGGGCCCGAUCUUUUCGGCCAUGAUGCUCAGUGGAGUGCGUGCAGCGGAGGUUGCGCUGGAAGUUUUCGAGGAGCGAAAGAGAGAGUGUGCUGAUCCGAAUGGGUAUUGAUUUCUGACCUUCAAAGCCUGAAAAGGGCUGGAGGCGAAGGGAAAGUGGAAACGGAAGGAGUCUUCCAAAAUAAUGCGAACACGUCAUGGGAGGAUAAAAAUGUAUUAAAUGCUUGUCUGCUUGUUCAUGGGCCGGCACAAGAGUCCCUUUACUGUCGUUAAAGCAGAUAUUUCGUCCCUCCCCUUAGGGAGGUGAUAUUAAUGUAUGUACAUGAGUGCUUUGGACAUUGAUAGUCAAAACUUGCAAUAGUAUCGAAAUUGCCCACAUAACAAAAUAAAUGUAGAAUAGAUAAACGCAAGAGGUGCCCACCUUUCGUAUUCCCACCAAUUGUUAAUUGUAUAUAGGGAGGGGCUUAGGAAAUAAACAUGACCAAAACUAGAAACAAAACGUGACUCACAUAAUCACCCACCCACAGUCCAGUUGGAUACUAGAAAUGCAUCCGUCCCCGAUACACCAGGCAAUUAGGAAAUCUGAUAUAUAAAACACAUAAUCAUAUAAUCAUAUACGAAAAGUAAUGGCAACAUUCCUCAUGAAACUCAAACGGAAAUAUUAGAUCAAUAUCAUCCAUCAAAAAUAUUAAAAAGAAGUUUUUGAGAAAGGGUAAAUACGACGAAGAAAGAAAACAAGGAGUAGAGAACCUCCGCCGCUCCGUUUCCAAAGCUCUCAGGGACACCAACCUCUCUGUACCGGUUUCGGCGAUCUAUGCUCCUCUUCAAUAUCCAACCCCAACCCCAACACAGUCCUCCUCGCAUUCCGAAUCUCCCACUCAAACUCCUUAAGCGCCCGUAACUCACUGCUCACAAACAAGCCGCCAAUCAACCCAUCAAUGGUCCCCGCGACGAGGCUCAGGGAACUAACCAGGCAGAGAAUGAACGAGACAAACGCGUGCGGAGACCACCAUACACCAACCAAGCAGGCGAUGGUGAUGACCAGGGAGACAAUAAAGUGGCCAAGGCGCGCACGGCGCUGGAAUCGCUCUCGGCCGGUGUAGGCGGAUAUCAUAUGGAGGAUCUGGUCGUACAUACCUGCCAUGCGCGUUACCUGCUGUUGUUGGUGGGCUACGGCCGCACUCGCGGUCGACUUCGGAUUGGCGUUUGGGUCCCUGGCGUUUUCUGCGGUGAUGCGUGUGGUUAUGCACGCGGAGGACCUGGAUCGGAUGGACUCGAUGUGUUUUUGGAUGGGGAGGAACGAAGACAGGUCUUCCUCGCUAUCGUCGUCUUUGGCUACAUCUAGCGUGAUUGUGGCUUCUACGCCGAAAUGGUCGCUUAGUGAGCAGUGGAGGGUUGGGUGUCUUUCCAUCAUGGAUACACGGGCGGAGACAAUGGUCCAUUUCCUAGGCGAGGAGAAGUUGCUGUACGCGCCGUCUCCGAUGAAUAUGUAGUCGAGACGUUUCCCGAGGGGGUCAGGAAGUUGGCCGUCGACUUCUAUAUGACCUUCGCGCUUGAGCCUCUUUUGCUGUGAUUUGUUCCAGCGCCACGUAUUGAAAAUACCAUCGCACGUAGCUCCGUUUUCGAUGAUAUUGAAAUCAGCAGAUGGGACCGGCUUCUUCCUGGCCAUUUCGACGGCGUCUACCGCUGCGCCAAUAGAUGAGUCCGGGUGUAGAUGGAUCCAUACAUCCUUGACUGGUGCAUGCGAAGUAAUGAGUCGGUGAGCAAAGGAUUGUGGAAGCAUGUUAAAAUCCCCUAGCCCGAUGACCAGAUGCCCCCUUUCGGCAGCGGCCCUCAUUAAUUUGCCAAUUUCCCACGCCUGCGCUGUUCUAUGGCAGAGAUAGGAAUCUCGCGGUUCCUUUUCAUAGGGCGCAUGAAGAUGUGUACAGAAGACUUCCGCAGUAUCAGUAGGCGAAGGUCCAAUACGGAUCCUAGCGCAUGCGACCCC